GAGAGAUAUCGUAAGAGGUGAUGGCGACGCCGUUGGCGGGAGACGGAGUCCUCGCCCUCAUGCCCCAGGAGGCGGGGAACGCCAUGGAUCCCUCCUCCUCCUCCUCCUCCUCCUCUUCUUCGUCCUCGUCCUCGUCCUCUCCCUCGGCUUCGUCGGCGUCGGCGUCGGCGUCGGCGUUGGCUUCUCCGGGAAGCGGAAGCGGGGAGAACUCGGCGGAGCGGUCGCCGAUCCUCAUCUUCCUGUACUUCCAGAAGGCGAUCCGCUCGGAGCUCGACCGCCUCCACCGCGCCGCCGUCGAGUUCGCCACCGCCGGCGCCGGAGGCGACCUGCGGCCGCUCGCCGAUCGCUGCCGCUUCCUCUUCGACAUCUACAAGCACCACUGCAAUGCCGAGGACGCGGUUAUCUUUCCUGCUCUCGACAUACGCGUUAAGAAUGUUGCUAGGACGUAUUCGCUUGAGCAUAAAGGAGAAAGUGAUCUUUUUAAUCAGUUGUUUGAUCUAUUACAUCUUGAUGUGCAAAAUAAUGAUGGUUUUCGACGAGAACUUGCAUCAUGCACGCGAGCCAUUCAAACAUCUCUUAGCCAACACAUGUCGAAGGAAGAGGAGCAGGUCUUCCCCUUGCUGAUUGAGAAGUUCUCGUUUGAAGAGCAAGCUGAUUUGGUUUGGCAGUUCUUGUGUAAUAUUCCUGUGAACAUGAUGGUAGAAUUCCUUCCGUGGCUUUCAGCUUGUGUUUCACCUGAUGAACAUCAAGAUAUGCUCAAAUCUUUGUGCAAGAUAAUCCCAGAAGAAAAGCUUCUUCAGCAGGUUAUAUUCACUUGGAUGGAAGGUAAAGGAACAAUCAAUAAGGUGAAAGAUCAAACCGAGAACUCUUCUAGUGGUGGGACUGUUUUGUCCAUGGAUUACCCCGAUAAGCAUAUGUGUCCGCAUGCGUAUUCCAGGAUUGGAAAGAGGAAACUCAAAGAUUCAGAAAGCAGCUCUUCAGACAAUAUUAGGGUGCACCCAAUAGAUGAAAUAUUGCAUUGGCAUAAUGCAAUCAGAUUAGAACUGAAUGAGAUAGCAGAAGAGGCAAGAAAGAUACAAAGUUCUGGAGAUUUUUCUGAUUUAUCUGUCUUCAAUAUGAGACUUCAGUUUAUUGCUGAUGUAUGCAUUUUCCAUAGUAUUGCAGAGGAUCAAGUAAUAUUUCCAGCAGUCGAUGGGGAGGUUUCUUUUGUUCAGGAGCAUGCUGAAGAAGAAACUCAAUUUAACAAAUUUAGGUGUUUGAUAGAAAGAAUCCAGAGAGCAGGAGCUGAAUCAACUAGUGCAGAAUUUUAUGCAGAGUUGUGUUCCCAUGCUGAUCAAAUAAUGGAGACGAUUCAGAAGCACUUCCACAGUGAGGAAGCCGAGGUUCUUCCUCUAGCUAGGAUGCAUUUCUCUCCUGACAAGCAGCGGGAACUUCUGUACAAAAGUAUAUGUGUAAUGCCCUUAAAAUUGUUAGAGCGGGUAUUACCAUGGCUUGUAUCAAAGCUGAGCGAUGAAGAGGCAAGGUCUUUUCUUCAAAACAUGCAUCUUGCAGCUUCAUCAUCUGAAACUGCACUUGUCACUCUCUUAUCUGGUUGGGCAUGCAAAGGUCGUUCCCAGGACACUUCUGACAAUGGCAAGUUCAUAUGCUUGACAUCCACGGCUAAUGGCUGUUCGUUAGACGAUAUGAAUGAAGUGGAGGAAUGUCAGGCAUUCUGUGCAUGUGCAUGUCCUCUUAUCUCCAAGACUGAUGUUCCACUUGUAAGAUCUGGCACUGAUGUUAGGCCAGUAAAACGAGGAAACUUCUCCGAACCUAGUGUGUAUCCACUUGGUGUUGCCAAUUCAGAAACUGCUGAAUUUCAAAGACGCCAGUGCGGCAAGAAGCCAUGCUGUGUACCUGGUUUAGGAGUAGAUAGCAGCAAUCUAGGGAUUCGCUCAUUGGCUUCUGCUCCUUCACUGUAUUCCAGUCUAUUUUGCUGGGACUCGGACAAUGUGUCAUCAGAUCCAGUUAACUCUGUAAAGCCUAUUGAUGCUAUAUUCAAAUUUCAUAAAGCAAUUCGCAAGGAUCUGGAGUACAUGGAUGUAGAAUCUGGAAAGCUUAUAGAUUGUGAUGAAAAUUCCCUUCGGCAGUUCAUCGGUAGAUUUCGUUUAUUGUGGGGCUUGUAUAGAGCUCAUAGUAAUGCUGAAGAUGAUAUUGUUUUCCCAGCUUUAGAAUCAAGAGAAACUCUUCACAAUGUGAGUCAUUCGUAUACUCUAGACCAUAAGCAGGAGGAAAAACUAUUUAAAGAUAUUUCUGAGGUUCUUUCAGAGCUUUCGCAAAUACAUGAUGGUCUAAGUCAAGUUCACGAUGCUAAGAGUGAUGCAGACAGAGUAAGCUCGGAUUGUCUGGCUAUUUGUGUUGAUUGGGCUAGAAAGCAAAAUGAACUGGCCACAAAGCUUCAUGGGAUGUGCAAAUCUUUGAGAGUUACUCUGGAUAAUCAUGUUCUCAGGGAAGAACUUGAGCUGUGGCCAUUGUUUGAUAAGCAUUUUUCUGUGGAGGAGCAGGAUAAGAUUAUAGGUCGUAUAAUUGGAACGACAGGAGCAGAGGUUCUCCAGUCGAUGUUGCCCUGGGUAACUUCAGCUCUUACUCAAGAAGAGCAGAAUAAGAUGAUCGACACAUGGAGGCAAGCAACCAAAAAUACAAUGUUCAAUGAGUGGCUAAAUGAGUGGUGGAGCGGUAGUCCUAAAUCACCACAGGCAACUACUAAGAGCCCUGCCUUUUCCAAAGAACCUGAGUGCCGAGAAAGUCUUGAUCAGACCGACCAGAUGUUCAAACCUGGUUGGAAAGAUAUAUUUAGGAUGAAUCAAAAUGAGCUUGAGUCAGAGAUUCGAAAGGUCUCACGAGAUCCCACACUUGAUCCUAGAAGGAAGGCAUAUCUGAUUCAAAAUCUAAUGACAAGCCGAUGGAUAGCUGCUCAACAAAAAUUACCUCAUACAAGGACAGGAGAGAGCAAUGGCGGUGAAGGUAUACCAGGCUGCUCUCCAUCUUUUCGAGAUCCAGAGAAGCAAAUAUUUGGCUGUGAUCAUUACAAACGAAACUGCAAACUUCUUGCUGCAUGUUGUUGCAAGCUGUUCACAUGCCGGUUCUGUCAUGAUAAAGUUAGCGACCAUACUAUGGACAGGAAAGCAACUGCAGAGAUGAUGUGUAUGCGUUGUUUGAAGGUCCAGCCUGUUGGCCCAACAUGCCAAACACCCUCCUGCGACGGAUUAUCAAUGGCAAAGUACUAUUGCAGUAUCUGCAAAUUUUUCGAUGAUGAAAGGAGUGUAUACCACUGUCCAUCUUGUAAUUUGUGUCGCCUUGGGAAAGGACUCGGUAUUGACUUCUUCCAUUGCAUGACUUGCAAUUGUUGCUUGGGAAUGAAGUUAGUGGAGCACAAAUGCCGGGAGAAGAGUUUGGAGACAAACUGUCCCAUUUGUUGUGAUUUUUUGUUUACAUCAAGUGCGGCAGUACGAGCUCUACCCUGUGGCCAUUUCAUGCACUCUGCAUGUUUUCAGGCGUACACUUGUAGUCACUAUACUUGUCCAAUUUGUAGCAAAUCCUUGGGAGAUAUGGCGAGAAAUCUCUUUUGGAAAACUAGUUUUGGUUUCUUAUCGGCCUAUGGAAACCUUUGCCCUGGAACAAAGUUGGAACUGCAAACAUCAAGACUAUUAUUGCCAUAGGAGGCUGAGUGGUGACAUCUCUGCAAGCUGCCUCAAAAUGGCUUUUCUGACUUUGAUUCUUGGUAAAUGAUCCAAAAUGAGUAGGUAUGGAAGCUAUGAUUGUAAACCAUGACCGUGCUAGCUUGUCUUCUUUGGAACUGGGGACAUAGCCUGCCCUAGAUGUGAUAAUGACUAGGAAGUUCCCAAAGGCAUGUCGCAAGCUUGUUUGUGAGGUGGCAUUACUAUUUACAAGAAUUAUUGUAAUAGGAUUAUUAGGUUGGGAACAUUUGAAAGGCAUAUUGCUAUUUUUGUUUCCUAGUUUAGCCAAGGCCUAUUUCCAGACGCGUAAAGGUUUUCUGUAGUCUAAUGAUUUAAUGUUGUUUUAAGAUUUCACAGGAACAUAGUCAACUGAAUAUUCUAGUCUUUUCUAUGGAUGAACUCAUGAACCUGCCCUUAGUUUUCCUGUACCCUAGUCGAGCUAUGGUGCUUAGUACCAAAAUAUAUUGACUUGGACUCUGCUUGAAACUUACUGUAGGCUUGGAGCAAGUUUCUCAGUUGCUUCAGUGGUGUGCUGCAAAUGACAAGACUUUCCUUUUAUUUCUCCAAACAUCCUUCUGGAUGCCCUGCUUCUGUGUCCGCUAUCAUUUGUCAUGGUCCCCAAGUGUCUUUUUCCAUGAGAAGAUGUAUACAAAAUCUAACUUUCUUUUGGACAAAAUUAGUUAUAUUCCUUCAAGAUGCUCUUUGCAAAGUCAUUAAGUUAUCUGAAACAACCGUUGUUCUCCAAUAGCUUUAGCUACUAGAGAGAUGUUGACUUGAAUUAAAUAGGAGGAAAUUAAUAACGUUAGAACCCUAUUAGGACUCGAACUCAUGAUCUUUUGCUUUGAUACUAUGUUAAAUUAUAGGAAACAACCAUUGUUCUUUAAUAGCUUAAGCAACUAGAGAAGGGUGUCUUUAUAUUUUAUAUUCUAUAUUCAUGUUACUUCGCAAUGCUUAACGUAUAGCUUGACAGGGAAUUAAAAUUCACUAUUGAGCCGUUCCUUAACGUAUAGCUCCACCAUGUUGUGUUCAUCUGGAUUGGUUUCUGGAUAUGGUUGUUGUGAGACCAAUAGUAAUAAUAUCUUCAAUUCAUACCCCUCUAGGGGCUUCAGAUAACAAGAUGUUCUUGAGAUCCCACUAUUGCAGAUGCUAGCCACUUCCAGAAUGAUUUUGAACUCCUAAAACACAUUAGAAAUCACUUAAUUCCCUGUGAAACAUAUUUGAAUAUUUUUCACCUCUUCUUAAAUGGUCCAAAACUCACUCGUUAGUCUACAUAAAUAAGAUCACAAUUUUGUUUUCUGGGUGUAUAGAUAUGUGCUUCUAUCUUGUAAUUUAGAUGGCUAAUAGCUUGUUAUGGGUUCGAUAGAUAUGACAACGCUUAUCAUGUGUGCUAACAUCGUCUGAUGUUAUACAAGAGAAUCCAUUUAGUUGCCAGAUGCUUUUCCUUUAUCUGGUGCCUAUUGAGACAAAAAGGUGUAUUUGGACA